CUGGAAACAUCAUUUACUACAUCUAACACACCUGUUGACAGACUCGAGACCUCUGGAUUUGGACAUUAAAUCGCUGGCCAACAGGAUUAUCUUUGUUCAGAACAGGGAAAACUGAUGACAUAGUCAGUGAUGGUUCAGGGCAAGCGUGAACUCAUCGCUCUGUGUCUGGGCAUCAUCGGUCUGAUCGGAACGGUGGCUGUCACGAGUCUUCCCAUGUGGAAAGUGACGGCGUUCAUCGGUGAGAACAUCAUCGUGAUGGAGACGCGCUGGGAGGGUCUGUGGAUGACGUGCUUCAGACAGGCCAACAUCCACAUGCAGUGCAAAGUCUACGACUCUCUGCUGUUCCUGCCGCCGGAGCUGCAGGCGGCCCGUGGGUUGACGUGUUGUGCUCUGGCUCUGUCUGGAGUCGGGCUGCUUGUGUCUCUCGUAGGCCUUCGUUGCACGUUGUGUCUCAGGGAUCAACCGCGGGCCAAACGCCUCAUUAUGAUGGCCACGGGGGUAAUGCAGAUUUUAGCAUCCUUCUGCAUAAUCAUCCCUGUCUCUUGGACGGCCCAAACCAUCAUUAGAGACUUCUACAACCCUCUACUGAUUGACGCCCAGCGCAGGGAACUAGGAGAGGCGCUGUAUAUCGGUUGGGUAACUAGUGCUUUUCUGUUGGCGUCUGGAGUUAUAUUUCUUUGUCGUCGUGUUGAUCCCAAACCAGUCUCAUUUCAUGCUCGUCCACCAGCUAACAAACCCAUUUCAAACCACGUCCACACCUUUAACUCUAUGAGACACCAGCCUUUGGUCCAGAGCAACAGUCUUUCCAUUCAACAGCCUUCGGUGUCCGUGUUCAGCUACGCUAUUACGCCCUCUAGUGGUCAACAUUCACCCUACAGUAUGCAGGCCAUGGCCACGGGGUCUUUAGUGUACAGUCAGAACGGUCAGAAUCCAAACUCUUAUGGCCAAAAUGUGAUGCAGUAUGUACCCAGGAACAGACAUUACCCACUUCAGCUUUCCACACACUUUAAAGGAAGCACUGUCAGUGAUCCGUACACUUUCACCACCGGAUCCACGUUUCAUCCUGUGCCACAGAAUCCACUCUUCGUAGGGUACAACUACUCCAGGAUGCAGUCGUACAGCUCGGACAGUAGCACUGCAUUGCGCAUAUAAGUGUUUUGAUGAAUUUUAAUUUAAAAACAAAUAUGCUCAAAUGUUUUGUGGGGAUAUGAGGCUCUUGAAAAGCUCUUUUUCAUCCCAAAGACCGCAUUAUCAAAGACAAUACUUAAAACAGUUAUAAUUAAUAUUCUCCACUAAUUUUAUUUUAUUUUUUCAACCAAAGAGACUGAAAUUGUAUCA